AUGCCCGCCGACGUCGCCCCUCUUCCCGCCGGCAUUUACUGCCCGGUCAUUACCUUCUUCGAUGACUCGGCCGCGCAGGCGCUGGACCUGAAGCUGCAUGAGCAGCACUGUGAGAUGCUCGCUGCCGCCGGAUGCCACGGUGUAGUGGUCAUGGGCAGCACUGGAGAGGCUGUGACACUGAGCCGUGAGGAGCGCAAGCAGCUCGUCCGCGGUGCCAAGGCCGCUGUCUCGCGUGCCGCCCUGCCCAACUCCCCUGGCCUCAUCAUCGCCGGCACCGUCGGCGCCCAGUCCACCCAGCAGGCCAUCGAGUUGGCCGUUGACGCCGCUGCCGAGGGCGCCGACUACAUUCUCGUGCUCCCCCCUUCCUACUACCCCGGCCCCAUGACCAACGACGCCCUCCAGGGAUUCUUUGAGGAUGUUGCCGACGCGUCCCCCAUUCCCCUCAUCAUCUACUCGUACCCUGCCGUGUCUGGCGGCAUUAACAUGGACACCGACCUGCUCGGCGCCUUGGCCCGUCACCCCCGCAUCGUGGGCAUCAAGCACACUGACCACGAUGUCGGCAAGAUCGCUCGUUUGGCUGCUCAGGACUUUGGAUCUCCAUUCACUGUCCUCGGUGGUGCGACCGACUACAUCCUCGGCACUCUGGCUUACGGUGGCGAGGGAGCCAUCACUGGUAUGGCCAACGUCGCUCCCCGCGUCUGUGUCGAGAUCUUCAACCUGUACAACGCAGGCAAGCACGCCGAGGCUCUCAAGUACGCGUCGGUGGUCAGCCGUGCGGAGUGGUCUCUCGGUCGCGGCGGUAUCCUCGGCACCAAGUGGGCCGUCACCUACGCCAACGGCUACCCGGAGAAGAGCGCCUUGGCGCGCAAGCCUCUGCCCCUCUGCCCCGAGGCGGCCAAGGCCUACGUCCGCAGCGAGUGCGAGGGCGUGCUUGCGCUUGAGAAGGAGCUGGCCAAGGCCGCUGGUGUUAACGGUGUGUAA